CCACGGGCUGUUGUCUUCUCCCACUUGCACUGCUUGAACCUCUUGGACGAAAUAACUUUGUCUAUCGCGCGCACGGCUCUGACUCCCGCACGUGAACCUGUCCGCUCGCUUCAAGCAACUCUGCCCGCAGCAUGGCUGCAUCCAUUCAGACUGCUUUACCUCCACAACUCCCGAGUGGCUUACAAACAAACAACCCCCAAGUGACUCGCGACAAACUCCAGAGUUUACUCAAUGUAUGUCUCAUCUUCCUUAUUCAAUUCACCUCAUCUAACACUCUGCAGCGUGCCAAUGUUCUUCGUUCCAGCGGACUCACCGCCGAAACUUCCCCCGAACUGGCGAAGAUAUUGCGGUUUCUCCAAAUGUGUAGUGUUCAACAACGUGAAUCUCUCCUUCUCUAUCCUUUCUCUCUUCUAUGCUCAAACUAUGUAGGAACAGCGCAGGUCGAUGGCCCGUCUGCAGAGCACCCGUUGGCCAAUGGCCAUGCACCCGUAAACGGCGUAGCCUCUGUCACGUCAGGCCCUGUGCCUACCCAAACUUACCCCGGUGCUCCUACUACCCCCGUUUCUUUCACCCCCGACCAGAUCGACGCUCUUCGCGCACAGAUACAAGCUUUCAAGCUUAUUUCUCGUGGCAUGCCCGUACCCGAGCAUGUCCAGCAAGCUGCCCGUAUCGCUAGUCAAGCUGCGCCGACCCUCGAGAAAGUUCUCCAAGGCCAGGAUGUCGCCAGCCGAGUCGUCGAUGGUGCCGUAAAGGUGCACAAGGGCGCGAGCAACGAGUCUGAUACCGUAAUUGCAGAAGAGACGUUGAAGGCGGAGGACCUCGAGGCGCUGCAGAACCACCCUGAUAUGCCCAAAGGGCCAUUUCUAGAGGACGACUUGAACUCGGGGAUCUAUCCUUACAAUGCUUAUAGACAUCCAUUCACUCACCUCUCGAGAGAUACAUCGAGCAACCCUUCCCUCUUUGCCACUCGCCUUCAGCGCACACUCGUUCCCGGCAUCAUGCCUGCCGGUCUAGACCCCCACCAAGUCAUUGCAGAGCGGAAUCGAUACGUCGACGCCCGAAUAGAGCAGCGAAUGCGUGAAUUAGAAGCCUUGCCGGCCACAAUGGGUGAGGGUGGACUGGAACACCCUAUGGACGAUAUCGAAGGCAACAAGUCAGAGAAAGAAAACGUAGACGACUUGAUGAAAUCGCUGGUCCACCCGAGUCCAAAUACGCACGGCAAGCUCCGCGCCCUUAUCGAAUUGAAGUCCCUCCGUGUGCUCGACAAACAACGAGCGAUGCGAGCCAUGGUAUCCGAACGACUGACUCACGGCACGCUGUUGCCACUCAACCGCACAGAGUUCAGGAGGGCCCGCAAGCCGGCCGUUCGCGACAUUAGGUGGACGGAACAGGCGGAGAGGAAACAACGGAUCGAGCGCGAACGACGGGCGAAACAGAAGCACGUCGAGCAGCUUAGCAUCAUUUGCAAACAUGGCGAAGAGGUCAUCGCUGCCAAUCGUGCAGCUCAGGCUCGCGUCCUUCGCCUCGGCAAGGCUGUUCUCUCAUUCCAUGCACAUACUGAGAGGGAGGAGCAGAAGCGUAUCGAGAGGAUCUCGAAGGAGCGUCUGAAGGCUUUGAAGGCGGAUGAUGAAGAGGCCUACAUGAAGCUCAUCGACACGGCGAAGGAUACUCGUAUCACACAUCUCUUACGACAGACCGAUUCGUAUUUGGACUCGCUCGCUCAGGCUGUUAUGGAACAGCAGCGAGAGGACGGUCAUGAUCCACAUAUGCGCGGCUUUGAGGUCGAGGAGGGUCCUAUGAAUGAGUCCACGUUCGGUGCGCAGAAGCUGGACGAUGGCGAGACCGAUAACUCGAAGCUAGACUACUAUGCUAUCGCGCAUCGUAUCAAGGAGAAGGUCACGAGGCAGCCGGGUAUCCUUGUUGGUGGCACUUUGAAAGACUAUCAGAUCAAGGGACUGCAAUGGAUGGUCAGCUUGUAUAACAACAGACUGAACGGUAUUCUCGCUGACGAGAUGGGUCUCGGAAAAACCAUCCAAACCAUUUCGCUAAUCACCUUCCUCAUCGAGUCCAAGCGACAGCGCGGCCCUUACCUCGUUAUCGUCCCGCUUUCAACAAUGACCAACUGGUCGGGAGAAUUUGCAAAGUGGGCCCCGAGCGUGAGGAUGAUUGCAUACAAGGGCAAUCCGGCACAACGAAGGGCGUUGCAAGGGGAUAUCCGUUCUGGAAACUUCCAAGUGCUGCUGACGACCUACGAAUAUAUCAUCAAGGACCGUCCCGUCCUGAGUCGCAUAAAGUGGGUGCACAUGAUCAUCGAUGAGGGACAUCGUAUGAAGAACACUCAGAGUAAACUCGCCCAAACGCUGACGCAACAUUAUCAUUCCCGUUAUCGUCUCAUCUUGACCGGUACCCCGCUGCAGAACAACCUGCCCGAGCUAUGGGCUCUACUCAACUUCGUCCUGCCGAAGAUCUUCAACUCGGUGAAAUCGUUCGACGAGUGGUUCAAUACUCCUUUCGCCAACUCGGGUACUCCUGAUAAGAUCGAGCUGAACGAAGAAGAGGCGCUGCUUAUUAUUCGUCGUCUUCAUAAGGUGCUGCGACCGUUCUUGUUGCGUCGGCUCAAGAAGGACGUGGAGUCGGAGUUGCCGGACAAGGUCGAGAAGGUGAUCAAGGUCAGGAUGAGUGCUUUGCAGUCGCAGUUGUACAAGCAGAUGAAGAAGUACAAGAUGAUCGCGGACGGUAAAGACGCCAAAGGGAAAUCGGGAGGUGUGAAAGGUCUCAGUAAUGAGCUCAUGCAGCUGCGAAAGAUCUGUCAACAUCCUUUCCUUUUCGAGAGCGUCGAAGACAAGAUGAACCCAGGCGGGUUGAUCGACGAGAAGCUUGUUCGUACUUCCGGGAAGAUAGAGUUGCUCUCUCGUAUUCUUCCAAAGUUCUUCGCCACCGAUCACAGGGUCCUCAUUUUCUUCCAGAUGACAAAAGUCAUGGAUAUCAUGGAGGAUUUCUUGAAGAUGAUGGGCUGGAAGUACCUUCGUCUGGAUGGUGGGACUAAGACUGAAGACCGUGCGGGCCACGUCGCGCAAUUCAAUGCCAAAGACUCUGAUAUCAAGGUCUUCAUCUUGUCCACUCGUGCUGGUGGUCUCGGCCUGAACUUGCAAACCGCUGAUACUGUCGUCAUUUUCGAUUCUGACUGGAAUCCUCAUGCCGAUCUCCAAGCGCAGGAUCGUGCUCAUCGUAUUGGUCAGACCAAGGUCGUCCGCAUCUUGCGAUUCAUCACGGAGAAGAGUGUCGAGGAGGCCAUGUUUGCGCGUGCUCGAUACAAGCUUGAUAUCGACGAUAAGGUCAUUCAGGCCGGUCGUUUCGAUAACAAGUCUACUCAGGAAGAACAAGAGGAAUUCCUUCGUUCCAUUCUAGAAGCCGACCAAGAGGAGGAGAAUGAAGAGGCCGGCGAUAUGAACGAUGAGGAAAUCAACGAGAUCAUCUCUCGAUCGGACCAGGAGUCUGUGAUCUUCCGCGAGAUGGAUAUUCAAAGAGAACGCGAAGCUGCUGAAGCGUGGAAACUUGCCGGACAUCGAGGCAAACCACCGCCGCCUCUUAUCCAGCUGGAAGAGCUCCCUGAAUGUUACCGAACGGACGAGCCGUUCGAAGACAGAGACGUUAUUGAAGAGGUGGAAGGUAGAGGACAGCGAAGAAGGACUGUUGUUAAUUACAAUGACGGUCUUGAUGACGAUACUUGGGCAAUGGCUUUGGAAGAGGGCGAGGAUAUCCAAGAACUCUCAGAACGCAAUCGGGAGAGGAAAGAUAGACGCGCUACCAACAAGCUCCUCAGAGAGGCUGAAUCGAGGGGCUCGCCAGCGUUGGAGGUAGAGACACCUCGUGGCAGUCGUAAGGCGAAGAAGGGCAAGGCGAAAGCGGAGCCAGCGUUUGAUGCGGUCGCUGUUGGCGGCAAGCGUAAACGUGGCGGUAUGAAGUCCAUGUCUGUUACUCCGUCUAUCAACGAAGAGGAGGAUGAGGAGCGUGAUACAGUAAGUAUUCUGAUACCAUGCUAUCUGAGUUCUGAAUACUCAUUACAUCUUCGUAGAAACGUCGAAAGACGAAAACUGCUGAGGUUCCUCCUCCAGUCCGCGAGAAGAUGAAGAAAGCAUUCAACGAAUGUUAUCGCGCCGUCCUCACUUGCGAAGACGAAACCGGUCGAAAGCGUUGCGAGUUGUUCAAGGAGUUGCCAGAUAAGAGGGAAUACCCCGACUAUUAUCAGCUCAUCAAGCAGCCCAUCGCGCUCUCGACGCUUCGCAAACGUCUUUCGAGCAAUUACUACAAGAACGUAUUGGACUUCCGAGAAGACUGGCGUCUCAUGUUCAAUAACGCUCGAACCUACAACCAGGAAGGUUCGUGGGUUUACGUGGACGCUGAGGAAAUGGAAAAAGUUUUCAAUGCGACGUUCGAUCGUGUCAUUGCCGGUUCCGGAUUGCCAGGUGCGCCUGCGGGUCCGAGUCCUUUGAACGAUGUUAUCAUGAGCCCUGUUGAAGACCAUCGACCGUUGCAGAAGGGGAAACAUGGUCGUAAGCAGGUUAUCAGCGAUGAUGAAUACCUUACACCCACCGAUGAGGAAUAGUUGCGUUGCGUCGUUACCAUGGAUCUGUGUUUAUUGUUCUACAUAUUGUAUUCUAGUUGUGAUAUCGUGUUUUCGGGAUUGGCUCUAUUCACUACAGUGAUUUUUACCUUGGACUACAUAAUAGAAAUACUUGCGUUUACGCGUUCUCAGGCACAUUCACUUGAGGCCGACUUUACGGGUUUGAUCGAUGAUCGCCGGCUUGAA